AUGGCUGCGCCCACGCCCCCACAGCCACGCGCCGUCCCGGCCCUCCUGCUCCUCCUCACCGCUCUCGCCACCACCCUCGCCUGCCAACAGCUCUGGACACACGACGACACCUUCCCGGGCGACGCCCUCUCCCUCCUCCGGGACAUGGCUCCCAGCCACACACAGCCAUGCCACCUCCAAGAGCCGCCCUUCUUUCCCCACACCCUCCUCCACAACAACCUCCAGCCGCAACAAGCCGCCGCCACCGCCCUACGCAUCCUUCAGCACCUCUUCCGCACCCUCAGCACCAACAGCACCCGCCAGCAGUGGCCCACCCAGGCUCGCAACCACCUCCUCAACAAACUCCAGCACCACAUCCACCACCUCGAGCAAUGCCUCCCCGACAGCGCCACGCUCUUCAAAGGACCACGCAACCCGCUGCUCACCAUCAACAAGUACUUCAGGGACAUCCACCUCUUCCUCCACGCCCACAACCACAGCGCCUGCGCCUGGGACCACGUCCGCCUCGAAGCUCGCGCCUCUUUACAGCACCUGCACAACCUCACACGCGCCAUGCGCCGCUAGCGCAAACUCCCGCACGACGACUCACA